UGCUGGAGCGACAUUCAACGUUGAACUCAGCGUCUGAAAGACUAUAAAUCCGCUCUGAAAAUGGCAGAAACCGCUCCAGCCCCGGCAGCUGCCGCCCCGCCGGCCAAAGCGCCCAAGAAGAAGUCCGCUGCCAAAGCCAAGAAAGCAGGUCCGGGCGUCGGUGAGCUGAUCAUCAAGGCCGUGUCCGCGUCCAAGGAGAGGAGCGGCGUGUCGCUCGCCGCCCUGAAGAAAGCUCUCGCCGCCAGCGGCUACGACGUGGAGAAGAACAACUCCCGCGUCAAGCUCGCCAUCAAGAGCCUGGUGACUAAAGGCGCCCUGCUGCAGGUCAAAGGGACCGGCGCCUCCGGGUCCUUCAAGCUCAGCAAGAAGCAAACCGAGACCAAGAAGAAACCGGCGAAGAAGGCGGCUCCCAAAGCGAAGAAGCCCGCGGCCAAGAAAACCGCUGCUGCCAAGAAGCCCAAGAGCGCAGCUGCAAAGAAGCCCGCCGCUAAGAAAUCGCCCAAGAAGGCCAAGAAACCCGCCGCUGCAGUCGCCAAGAAGGCGACGAAGAGCCCCAAGAAGGCGAAGAAGCCGGCAGCGCCCAAGAAAGCAGCCAAGAGCCCCAAAAAAGCCAAGGCAGCCAAACCAAAAGCUGCCAAGCCUAAAGCUGCAAAGCCCAAAAAGGCAGCCCCCAAGAAGAAGUAAAUAUCAUCUGUUUUAUUCCCCAACGGCUCUUUUCAGAGCCACCCACUAACUCUGAAGAAAGAGCAAAAGACAGACCUGCAGUGUGAUCAUUGUGGAAAUAAAUUACUGUAGGGCUGCAUGUGAAGUUACUUCGACUCACAAUGUUAUAACGUUACAUGUUGACAGAAUUUACAAAAGCCACAAGUUAUUUGCAAUCAAGUUAAUACGAACAGCCUUAAUGGUUUAUCGAUCUAAAUUGGAUUAGAUUAAAAACAAUAUUACUCUUUCUGCAUUGAC